UACCUAUUUUUUGAUGUAGAAGCAACCUGUAUAGAGAAUGGGGGAUUUAAAUAUGCGAAUGAAAUAAUAGAGUUUCCUGUAGUUUUAGUGGAUGGGAAAACCUUUGAAAUUGUUGAUGAAUUCAGAUCCUACGUCAAACCGACAAUAAAUCCUACCUUAUCCGAAUUUUGUAUAAAACUAACAGGAAUCUCACAAGACACGGUUGACAAUAGCCCUAUCUUUAUUGACGUACUCAAUCAAUUUCAAGAGUUUCUUGCAAAAUACAAUCUCUUUCAAUCAUCAAGUGCAGUCUUUGUCACAGAUGGCCCAUUUGAUAUACGUGAUUUUAUCACAAAACAGUUGGAGCACAGCAACAUCGAUCCAAGACCUGCUUACUUUACUUUACCGUGGAUCAAUAUCAGAAAGCUCUUUAAAGACUUUUAUCAUCAAACUCAGAAUAAGAAUAUAAAAGGAAUGCUUGAACAUCUAAAUAUGACCUUUAAAGGACGAGAACACAGUGGCCUGGAUGAUGCGCGUAAUUUAGCUUACAUUGCCAAGCGUAUGCAUGAAGAGGGAUGUAUAUUUAAAGCCAAUUGUAAAUUACAAAAAAGGCAAUACAACAGAAAAUCAAGAUAA